AUGCGCGCGACGCCGAUCGCGAGAAUCAUCGCGCCCGCGCGCUCGCGAUCGAGCGCGACGCGCGCGAGCGGUCGAGGACGGCGCGGAACGACGCGAAUCGUCGCGAAGGCGUCGAAUUCGAGUCGCGGGAUCGAUCCGGGCGUCGUCGCGCCCACGCUCGAGCACCGAGGCGACGAGUGCGAGGUCGCGGAUGAUGUAUUGCGCGUCGUCGUGUCGAACGACGACGCGAGCGCGCGCGCGAGGGGGCGGAGCGCGAUCAAGCUGCGGGUGAAGUCGAUCCCGGGGCUGCUGCGAAGCGUCGCGUGGGUGCUGCACGGAUUGGAUCUCGCGGCGCACGAGUGCGCGAUCGCGACGGACGCGAACGGGGUCGUGGAGAUGGCGUUUGAGUGCACCGAGCGCGCGGGGUCGAGCGGGACGCGAGAGCAGCAGAUCGUGGAUUGCGACUUGACGCGGGACAGGCUGUACGAUUACCUGGCGCGGUGCGCGGACGGAGGGGCGGAGACGAACGAGGAGCGAUUGGAGGAGGACGGGGUCGUCGUGGAUAACACGAGAAACGAGGAUUCGACGUACGUGAGCGUGCGAGUGGACGAGGCGGUGUCGAGCGCGAUCUCGCUGUAUCCGAUCGGGAACACGUUCACGGGGAGCGGGUUGGUGGUUAAAAACGGGACGCUCAACAAGGGCGUGGACGCGUCCACGGGACGGGCCACGAAGACGUGGGAAUUCGACGUCGUCAGGCAAGCGGAUCGUAAGAAGUUAAAUACCGAUCAGUUGCAGCCGCUCAUGUACACGCUCGCGCUCGUGUGCGCGCCGGGAAGCUUUGGACGAUCGCACGCGUUUACGUCGCGGUGA